AAAAAAGCUCGAGAAGCAUAUGAAAAAGCGUUGACAGUGAAGGAUGAUCGGGAAUCGUUGAGUCCAGAUCUGCAUUUGAACUACGCGACAGCACUGAAGUUCGAGCAAGAUUUUGCGAAAUGUUUGCAACAUUUGUUCAUCGCAAGCAAGUUGGAUCCACAUUUUUUCGAUGCCAAAGAACGUUAUGAAUCAUUGUGCAUCUAUCUGAAACAUUUUUCGGAAGCCAUUCAGCGAAAAGGUAGGUUGAAAUCAAAACGUUUAGUGGAGUUCCAAAAAGCGUUGAGUAAUAUUCCGUCGAACAAAUCCACUCAACAGCAACAACUUCUGUCGAGGCGAGUGUAUCGAAACAAUGCUGCGCGAGAUUCGGAUGAUAGGAAAGAGGAGAAAGAAUUGACGGAAUGUGAUUUUGAGUCGUUGCAUGAAGGGCCAAACGAAAACGUUUAUAUUGUGGGUAAAGUGUGCGGAAUUGUACCGAAUCCAGAUAGUGUUCCAUUUAUUUGA